AUGAAUGCAUGUGUAGAAGAGCAGUGGGGAGAGCACAGAGCCCUGAGGAGCUCCAAUGCUGAUGGUGUGGGUGUUGGAUGCUUUGUCCCCACUACUGUAGGCACCAUAUUUGGACUGGCAAAGCUGUUUGGGUUUAGCACUGACCCAAGUGAUUGGCAUCUGAGAAGAUUAAUAAAAUCAAGUGAGCCACAGAGAUGGCAUCGUCCAAGAGCACAGGGAGUACAUCCAGAGGCAGUGAGUGAACUUCUUGUCCUAAAACCAAAAUCAGUUGGGAAUACUGGAAUCAAGUCUACCCUACACAAGGGUUACACAGGUCCCCUUCCAGAUGCUGAUGUCUUGGCUUCUGGUGCAAAACUAAGUCAGAUUAAUCCCAAGCCUUUGCUGGCACACAUACUUGAUGGCAUGUCAAAAGUAGAGUUGGUCCCCUCACAAUUCAGUCCUGUACCUCAUGGCAAUCCACUUUCAUACCAAUGUCUCCCUAUAGCUGCAGGUGUUCCUGAUGUUAAUUUUCCCCCACUACCUGUGCUUGGUUAUCAGUUUGGCUGUAAUUUUAAAUUUGUGCCCCACACACCAUCAAGCACUUCAUCUGGAGUCUAUAAAGGUUACCCAUAG